CUCCACUCUCACACCACCACGGAGCCCACGACCGACCCACCAUGAGCAGCUUCUGGGGCAAGCUAGCCCGUACGCUCACAUCACGCAAGCGCCCCAUCGGGUACGACCUGCAAGGCAACGCAUACUUUGAGACGCCGAACCCGAACGGGGGGCGGCCGAAGCGCACCGUCGAGUACAAGGAGCAGGACCCGAACCGCGACGACUAUAGGACAGGCACGAAGCAGCUGCCCGUGCAGUGGCAGUCGUGGAUGAGCUGGACGCGGUCCACUCCGCCCUCGCUCGCGGAGCUCCAAGCCGACGCCGCACGGCUCGCGCGGCUCCAGCCGCUGAUCGCGCGCAUCGAGGAGCGCGAGACGGCCGAGCGCAUAGCGCAGGGGUAUCUCCUGCCCGACGGCUCGGAGCCGUCCGACCGGCGCGAGCAUGUGGCGAUGGCGCACGGCUCGCUGCCUGCGCCGGGCGAGAAGGCGCGCAAGCGCCAGCGGUUCGGCCUCGUCGCCGAGGAAGCACCUGCGGACAUCGAGGACGCGGUCGCUGCCCACAGUGCCGUCGCGCCGCCCGCGACCAAGGUCGACGCGGCGACGUUCUCCGAGGCGGAGACGCUCCGCCGCCUCGCGGAGGAGGACACGAAGCGCCGCUUGCGCGAGAGCGGGGUGAGCGAUGCCGGCUCUGGCGCUGGGGUCGAGGGCGUGCAGGGCGUCGGGAGGGCGUUCAAGCCGCGCAGGCGGGGGCAGCAGUAGCGCGGAACGCGGUGGGGGACACACUACUCAUGUAUACUAGGGCAGCAGAGCAUGGACGCAUGGCAUCGGG